AUGGGCCGUAGGACCCAGAGGAGCAGGCCUGAAAUUUCCGCCUGCGAAGACACGCCCCCUUCAACCGACGCGCCCCCACCCCACCCGGACUUUCCAGCUUCGAGUCCCGGACCCCGGAACCAGGGUUGUGGGCAGUCUGCUCCGGGCGCAGGUCGCCUGGGGACGGUGCCAGGCCGGGACAGCCGAAGAAAUGAAAGUGGAAGAGAGGCUGGGCUGCGACGCCUGCUCCGCCCAGGCCCUCCCGGCCCCGCCACGCUGCGGCCAAGGGGCGGGGAAGGGGCGGGGAGAGAGGACCCCCCUCCCAAUACCUUCGCCUUUCCGGAAAGUCCAUUUCGCUCCCCCAGCUUCCCAGGGCCAAAGGACUUGGAGCUGGUUCUCUUAGGAGGGCCAAGGAGGCAGUCUCAGUUUCCUUGA